AUGGGAUGUGCACAGGUGCCCAGCUUCCGCGCUGCAGAUACAACAUGGGCAGCCUGUGAACAGGGGACGCCGUUAGCUCCACACGCAUACUCGGGCAGAUGUGCCCCUGGAUUGCCUCCCUGCAGUUGUUUCUUACAUUUCGCAAGGAAUAGAACGGCGUCGUGGUCGUUGUCGUCGCCUGCUGUGAGACGACAGAGUUUUAACAUGCAGAAGGAUCAGAAAACUACCUCUAUCUUCAUCUAUUCUUUGAUCAUUUCGAAGUCAGAGAACGUGUGGUUUUUCUAUAUCUCGUGCAGAGCACAGGCACGGUGUGCGCAUCGUGAUUUGCUGUCUUUAUCAACCUCGACGGCUUUUGUUUUACAUUUUCGUACACUCUUGCUCCAGCUACGAUUAUCACUGCGCCAAAGGCGCAAGACUAGGCCUUCAUUUUCGUUGGCUUUUCCUCUCACCGCUGGAUUUACUCAUCUAAGCACGGAUUCCUUGCUUUGCCUACUACACACGUCUUUGUUCCCGCUCCGGAUAUAA